AUGGUAUGGAUUCGCUUUCCAAGUCUAGGUAUGGAAUACUAUGAUGAGAGUCUGCUGUUAGCUCUGGCAACGGCUGUGGGAACUCCAAUUAAAGUUGAUAUCCGUACGCUGGAUGCAUCGCGUGGAAAGUUUGCACGAGUUUGCAUAGAGAUUGAUUUGGAUAAACCUGUGGUUGGAAAAAUCUGGUUUCGAAACUUCUGGUACCACGUCGAAUACGAGGGUUUACACCUUCUUUGCAAGAGUUGUGGGUUGUAUGGUCAUGUGGCACGUAACUGUCCUUCGAAGAAUGUUGUGACUGACAGUAUACCAGAGGUCAAUGUUGGAGUUGUCAACGCUAAUGGUGGUACUCCGGAGACGGCGGCACCGUCGAGUUCACCUAAGGAAAGUUCACAAAAUGAUGCAACACUCAAGAAAGAUGAUUUGUACGGUGACUGGUUGGUGGUGAGUCGCAAGAAAAAUCAAGGGCGGAAACAGCGUCCAAAUAUGCAGGAAGAGAAAACUAAACCUCAGGGAGGAGAUACCAAUAAACCGUCCUUUAAGGGUUUGUCAUUUACCCAUCUAAAUGACAAUAACACUUUUAAUGCUGAGUUUUCAAAUAGCAAAAACGGGGGACCACCCUUUCAUCCAGGUGGAAAUUUAGAGAUGCCGAAAGUUUUGACCAAGCGGAACAAAAGGGCUCGUGGAUUGGAUACCAAAGGAAAGCUUACGAAUAAUCAUGUUACUGAGAGAGAAAGGCCUUCUAAGCCCAACACAAGUAAACCAGAUUCUAUGCUGGUAGGUGGAGUUAAUAUGGGUCGGGUUAUGAUUUUGGGUAACCCGUUACCAGCACCUAUUAAUCAUACGCAGAAGCAGAGCACCAAUGAAACGGUGGUCUUCCUUGCGCAAAAGACGUCGAAAUCAAAGCCAGAAAUGCAUCUCAAACCACCCGAUCCAAACGACCUCGCGAACCACGAUCGAGGAGGAGUCGAUGCAUGCCCUGCAGAUGAGAUGGUGGUCGAAACUCCAAAUUCUCGGCAGGGCUUUGCCAAUAGUAAUAGCAGGAAUCAUGUUCAUGAUUUGGCUAGGAGAUUUAAACCAGAGUUGAUAAUUCUUGUUGAAACACAUACUCCCUUUACUUCGUCGGAAAAUUUCUGGCAUCGUGAGGGCUAUGAAAAGAUUGCAGUCCAAGAAGCGCAAGGUCAUGCUGGUGGAAUUUGGGCCGUGAAACGGAGAGGGAGUGAGUUUAGUUUCACUCCGGUUAGCACAAUGCAUCAAUGUGUUAGUUUUGUUGUCGCUAAAGGUAAUGAUAAAUGGCUAUGCUCAGGGAUUUAUGCUAGCCCAAUUUCUACAGUCAGACCCUGUUUGUGGGACCACUUAGAAGAACUCAGCAAGGAGCAUGCUCUUCCUUGGCUUGCUAUCGGUGACUUUAAUGAUAUUUUGCUUCCAAGAGAACAGAAGGGUGGAGUAUUUUCUAUAUCAAAAGCGGAUUUGUUUGCUAGUAAUAUCGAUAGAUGCGGACUUAUUGACCUGGGUGCUUUUGGUUCCAAAUUCACGUGGCUAGGACAUUGUAGAGGCAGUAGAUUUGUUCAUAGAAGACUGGAUAGGGGUUUUGGUAAUCAUGCUUGGCGCUUGAAGUUUCCGGAGGCUACUGUGGAGCACCUUGUUCGGAAGCACUCUGAUCAUAACCCAAUUUUCCUGCGCUGUAGUAAUGAUAUGGGGAGUAGAGAAGGUAGGCCUUUUCGUUUCCAAGCUGCUUGGUUUACUCACAACGCGUACCCCUUACUGGUUAAAAAUGCUUGGGCUCGUGACCAUAGCAAUAUUGUCCAAAGUCUUCAAAAUGUAGCCAAUGAAUCUACCAUUUUUAAUAAAGAAGUUUUUGGGAACAUUUUUGCUCGCAAGAAGGAAGUGGAAGCUAGACUGAAAGGUAUCCAGAGGGCGUUGGAGGAUAUUGACUCUGCUAAUCUGAUGCGUCUUCAAAAAGAGCUCCUUGCCUCUUACGAAGAUAUUUUGUUUCAAGAGGAAACUUUGUGGUUUCAAAAGUCGCGUGAGAAUUGGAUUAGACUUGGUAGUAGGAACACCGCUUUCUUCCAUGCUCAAUCUAUUAUCCGUCGAAAGAGGAAUAAAAUUCAUGGUAUUCGCCUUAGCUCUGGUGACUGGUGUACCGACCCGGAAGUAAUGCGAAGUGAAGCGCUUAACUUCUUCAAAGAGCUUUUUUGCACUAAUCAAAAUGUGGUUUUGAAUAAUAAUGUUCCUUAUGUUGCCACUCUUGAAGAUGCUGCAGCAGCUGAGCUUGUUAAACCAGUAUCCAAGAAGGAAGUCUUUGAUGCCUUGAUGAGUAUGAAAUCUUAUAAAGCGCCAGGCCCGGAUGGUUUCCAACCUAUCUUCUUCAAAUUAUUUUGGGAGGAUAUCGGCGAUGAUCUCUGGCAGUUUGUUAAGCUUGCGUUUGAAACAGGUAAAUAUGAUCCCAAAAUUUGCGAAACUCUCAUCGUGUUGCUGCCAAAAGGCGAAAACCAAUCCACUUUCAAGGAUUUUCGCCCGAUUAGUCUUUGUAAUGUCACUUACAAAUUGAUAUCAAAAAUUAUCGUGAGUCGGUUACGGCCUUUCCUGGAUGAUAUUAUCAGCCCCUUCCAGAAUAGCUUCAUCCCGGGAAUGAGCACCAAAGACAAUGCAAUUGUGUUACAAGAAGUUUUACAUGUAAUGAGAAAAUCCAAGAAAAAGAAUGGCGACAUGGUUUUCAAACUAGAUUUAGAGAAGGCCUAUGACAGAGUGAAUUGGACCUUUCUAAGGGACACGCUAACGAAAUUCAAUUUUCCUCCGAAGAUUAUUUCUCUAAUUAUGUUCGGUAUAUCUGCUUCCUCAAACUCUAUUCUCUGGAACGGGAGUAAAACAGAAGCGUUCACACCAAUGCGUGGGUUGCGACAAGGGGAUCCCCUGUCCCCGUAUCUAUUCGUGCUUUGUAUGGAACGCCUCGGCAUGAUGGUGUCUAACCGUGUCAGCACUGGUGAUUGGAAGCCUAUGCAGCUUGUAAAAAAUGGUACGAAAAUAUCUCAUCUUUUCUUUGCGGAUGACGUCCUUCUUUUUGCAAAAGCUAGCCCAUCGCAAGCCAGUAUUGUUAAAGAAGUGCUGGAUCUGUUUUGCUCUAUGUCUGGUUUAAAAAUAAGCCUUGGUAAGUCAAAAUUCUGCACUUCAGGCGGAGUGUGCAGACGAGUUCGUGACAAUAUCUUUACCACUACCCAAAUCCAUGCCACAAGCAGAUUUGAAAAGUACUUGGGCUUUAAAAUGCUUCAUGGCAGAAUCCGUAAACUUGAUUUUGUCGAUGUUUAUGACAGAGUCUCUACUAAGUUAGCAUCUUGGAAAAGCAGACUGUUGAAUAAACCCGGGAGGGUGGUAUUAGCUAACUCGGUGAUCUCGUCGUUACCAGCUUACCACAUGCAAAUUAACUGGCUUCCGCAAGGUAUGUGCGAUGAUUUAGACAGAACGGUUAGGAGAUUCAUUUGGAAAGGUACUGGCGAUGUUGGUAUGCAUCUUGUGAGUUGGAAUAAAAUCACGCAACCGCGUCGCCUUGGAGGCUUAGGUGUCCGUGUUUCCCGGCUGCAAAAUAUAUCCCUUCUUGGUAAACUCAUUUGGGAAAUCCUUAACUCACCAGACAAGUUAUGGGUUAAGCUCUUUGAAGAGAAGUAUUUGAAAGGGCGUCUAAUUUUCAAGGCCUCGGUGUCAGGGGGCUCCGUUAUUUGGAACUCUGUUGCGAAAUCUAUUCAAAGGCUGCGAGAUGGUUUUACUAUUAAGAUAGGCGAUGGCAACUCUAACUUUUGGUUUGACCCGUGGGUGUUUAAAGUAAAUUUGGGCUCCAUGGUGCCGUUUGUAGCGAUCCAGGACACUUCCACCAAAAUCAAAGACGUGUGGUACGAUGGGAGUUGGAACUUUCAGAACCUAUAUACCAUUGUGCCUGACUUUGCCCGCAAGGAGAUUGUCUCCCUUCAGCCUCGCAUUGUUAAUGGCAUUCCUGACAUUUGGGUUUGGCAAAGUUCUAGUGUUGGCAUUUAUACUGUUAAGGAUGCUUAUAACUGGCUGCUUGAACCUUCUGGGAUCAAUAAUCAUAGUAAUUGGCAGUGGAUUUGGCGGCUUACACUCCCAGCAAGCAUUCAAUUUUUUAUUUGGCAGUUAGCUCAUGAUUCCAUUCCUACUAAAGCAGUGUUGCAUCAUAGAAAGGUAUGUGCUUCUGCUAUUUGUCCCCGUUGUUUAGUGACGGAUGAAACUAUAGAUCAUUGUCUCUUUUCCUGCAUUGAUGCCUUUAAUGUCUGGAAAGCUUGUGGUUUGGAUAAUAUCUCUCCGCCAACACAGGGAUUGGAUUGGUUCUCUUGGUGUAAAACCUUUGGGGCUUCUCAUGGGAAUAUUAUCUUUGUCGUUUUGUGGGUUAUCUGGUGUGCGCGGAAUGAUGUAAUCUUUAAUAACAAUAGAACCAGUAUUUACAAGAGUGUUGCAAAAAUUCAUUCUAUGCUACACUAUUGUGCCGUGGCUUUCGACACACCGACGUCGGUCGCCGCAAAUAUGUUAUCUCAGCAGUUAGUGGCAUGGCCCUGUCCCCCGAAUGGUUACGUUUGUCUGAAUGUGGAUGGAAGUUUGUUGGGUUCGCCUCAAUCCGCAGGUUUUGGUGGCCUUAUCCGUAAUAGUUUUGGAUCCUUUCUUGGAGGGUUCUAUGGUGUGGCAGCUCAGGCUAGUAUUCUAUAUGCUGAGAUCAUGGCCAUGCUUCAUGGUUUAGAGUUAUGUUGGGAUAAAGGAUUCAAACAUGUCAUUUGCCUUUCAGAUUCCCUUCAAACAGUUACUCUUGUCAAAACUGGCACCUCACCACAUCAUAAAUUUGCGAAUGAAGUCUUUAGCAUCCGCCAACUUCUAGAUAGAGACUGGAAUGUUGUUAUUAAUCACACGCUCCGAGAAGGGAACGCGUGCGCUGAUAUGCUGGCUAAAAUGGGAGCUAACACUACCUCUCCCCUUGUGAAGCUUGUUGAACCUCCUUCCGAGUUGUCUCCCCAUCUCUCUGCUGAUGCAUGGGGUGUGGCUUUUAUUAGAAAAUAG